UAUACCUCUAAUCCAAAUCCACUUCACAAAAUAUACGCACAAACACAAAGUGCACCCCAAGCUGCAAAAAAAAGAUGGAUAGAAAUUUCAAUCUUCCCACUUCUGACCAUCCAGCUAUAAGUUCCUAGGCAUUCUAAUAUCGGAGAUUUAACCCGAUCCUUUUUUUUUUCUUCUAAUUGGAUUUUGUUAAUUGAAUUAUUCAUACAUGAUCGAAGAUGUAUAGCAAUUUCAAGGCGCUAGCGAUUGAGUAUGUGAAGGAAGCAGUGCAAGAAGACAACGCUGGUAACUAUGCAAAAGCAUUUCCUCUUUACAUGAACGCUUUGGAGUACUUCAAAACCCAUCUAAAGUACGAGAAGGACCCUAAGAUUAAGGAGGUCAUUAAUAAGAAAUUUACCGAGUAUUUGCAUCGGGCUGGGGAGAUCCGGGCAGUGUUGGAUGAUAAUGGGACCGGGUCAGGUUCGAGUGGAGGGGAUGCAGCUACCAGGCCCAAGGAUGGAGAAAAUGGAGAGGAUCCUGAACCGUCCAAGUUGACGGCUGAGCUUAACUUCGUGCCUAUCAGCUCUUUCAAGGAGCAAGCAAUUGUGUAUGUGAAGCAAGCUGUGCAAGAAGACAACGAUGGUAGCUAUAAUAAAGCAUUCUCUCUUUACAUGAACGCUUUGGAGUACUUCAAAACCUAUUUAAAGUAUGAGAAGAACCCUAAGAUGAAGGAGGCCAUUACUAUGAAAUUUAACGAGUAUUUGUGCCGGGCUGAGAAGAUUCGAGCCAUGUUGGAUGAGGGUGAGAGAGCGCCGAGUCUGAGUGGAGAUGCAGCUAUGGCUACCAGGCCCAAGACAAAGUCCGAGGAUGGAGAAGGCGGUGCUUAAUUCCACGAUUAUUAGGAAAAAGAAAGGAUUUUUAACGAGUUGUUGGUCAAAGUCAUGGUUUAAUAAUAGCAAAUCAAUAGAGUGAAGACAGCCAAAUAUGCCACUCGUAUUUGAUUAUAUAUUGUAUUGUAUUUUAUUGUAUUGUUAAAUUCUUUGUUAUGUAACAAUGAAAGAUUCAUUUUAUAUAACAAUCGAUUUGAUGUG